UAGACAUAGGAGUUUCGCGCCGGACAGAGAUAACUGACGUACCUCAAACAAUGGCGCUGUGUUCGGAUGUUCGAUUUUUAAUGCGAAAAAUUCGAGAUUUAAGAUGUUUCACGUCCAGAGGGCAUCGAGUCAAAGGGAAAUGGGCUACUUCUCGCCCCAAGUACCCACCUACCACUUUAGCCUUGCAGCAUUUUGACGUCACUUACAGCAGUCAGCUGGGACAUCUCUGGCCAUCGGUUCGAGUUGCUUUGCUUUCGGAGAGAAAGUACGGCGCCCUGCUUAAUAAUUUCUCCUUAAAUGAUGUAGAGGAAGAUCUCGCAUCCCAAGGAUGCAGAGACUUCGUCACAGACACAGACAGAAAAGAACAUGUUAGCAUGGAACAAGACCCAGAAGUGGAAUUCAGUGAAACGUCUGAUUCUACAUCUGUGGAGCAACGUGACACUUUCGGGCAGCAUCAGUUAUCGCAACCACACCUCAGCCCUACCAUCAAGUGUUUUGUCUUUCCAAGAGGAGAUAUCACUCGUUUCAAGCCUGCUAGACCAGACUCCUCCGGGUUAUUGGGCUACUACUUGAUGGAUGCGGCGUCAGUGUUGCCUUGCCUUGCACUCGAUGUUCACGCGGGACACAACCUGCUGGACCUUUGCGCUGCCCCAGGAGGCAAGACUCUCGCUUUACUGCAGACCCAGGCCAUUAGGUUUUUGUGUUUGAAUGAUUCCUCUAUAUCUCGGACAUCACGACUAAAGAAGGUGCUCCAAAGUUACCUCCCGAAAGAACUUUUAACCCGUGAGAAGCUUCGCAUCACUUCCUUCGACGGCACCAAAUGGGGAGAAAUAGAACAAAAUACUUUUGACAGAGUCCUUGUGGAUGUUCCCUGUACCACAGACCGACAUUCCCUCAUGGAGGACGACAACAAUAUAUUCAGUAAGAGCAGAACGGGCGAGAGGCGAGGAUUGCCGCAGCUACAGUUGCAACUCCUGCUGGCGGGAGUGGUGGCAGCGUGUCCGGGUGGGGAGAUCGUUUACUCCACCUGCACGCUUUCUCACAUCCAGAAUGUUGGUGUGGUCGAACAAGCCAUCCACUUGGCACGGGAGAAUCAUGGCAUCCAUCUUAAGGUGGUUGACCUGCGGCCACUCGCACACAUGUUCCGGAAUACCUUUCACUUCGCUUCUGACGUCCAACUGGGUGAGCUGGUCAUCCCUCAUUUAGCUGCUAAUUUUGGACCCAUUUAUUUGUGUAAACUGAAGAGGCUCUCCUAGUGUAGGAUUAUGUGGUUGGACACUAAAUGACCUUGGUACACUUACAUUUUACACAUAUCGGCAUGAACUUUUUCUGUGUGCGUGUGUGUGAAUAUAUGAAUGUGCUGUGCAUUUAGCUCAUCACAAUAAAAUCCCAGGCAAGAGUAAUGUGCAAGUAGCGAGCCGGAGAGUAAUUUGGAGUGCCUCGUGCAAGGACUUAAUCUUCCAUUUGCUAUCCUUGAGGAAAGAUAACAACGGUCGCAAAGUUCAAUACACAGAAAACUUUAUUGGCCUAUAUAAGGCGCCUUUAUAAAAGGAGAUUUCAAAAUGGUGAAAAAUCAAUCCAAACCAAAAAAAGAAAAAAAGCAACGGGAUUCUUCGUGUUGCACAGUUUGCAAUAGUGGUACACAGGCUCCCUCUCAUGGUUUGCAAAAGAAUUACUGGAUUUAAUGCAAA